CCACUAUAAAAGGGACCAGACUCUUUGACAUCCAGACUAUCUUUGAGUCUUAUUUCUUACGUUUCUUCGUUUUCAACCAAAAAUUAACAAUGAACUUUGCUUCUGUUUUUUGGGUCACUGCUUUGAUGACACUGCAGAGCGUCUGUGGUCAAAUCUGGAUAUGCAGUCCAUCCAGGGGGGUAGUAGUAAAUAUACCCAAGGCCACAAAUGUGCCGAUACACAGUCCAGCCCAGCCUGUGGCCACACCUGUAGACCAAGACCCUCCCAAGAUCGCGGAAGAUGAGAGUCAGAAACCAGUGGCCACACCCGUCGACCAAGACCCUCCCAAGAUGGCGGAAGAUGAGAGUCAGAAACCAGUGGCCACACCUGUCGACCAAGACCCUCCCAAGAUGGCGGAAGAUGAGAGUGAGAAACCAGUGGUCACACCUGUCGACCAAGACCCUCCCAAGAUGGCGGAAGAUGAGAGUGAGAAACCAGUGGCCACACCUGUCGACCAAGACCCUCCCAAGAUGGCGGAAGAUGAGAGUGAGAAACCAGUGGCCACACCUGUCGACCAAGACCCUCCCAAGAUGGCGGAGGAUGAGUGUGAGAAACCAGUGGCCACACCUGUUGACCAAGACCCUCCCAAGAUGGCGGAGGAUGAGAGUGAGAAACCAGUGGCCACACCUGUUGACCAAGACCCUCCCAAGAUGGCGGAGGAUGAGAGUGAGAAACCAGUGGCCACACCUGUUGACCAAGACCCUCCCACAUGUCGACCGAAUACAGACCAAGAUCAACAAACCAAGAAGGUGCCAGGAUGUCACCCCAGCCACACCUUGAUGAUCCCUUUAGUUGGCCUUAUUGCCUGCAAGUCUAUCUGAUCAACUCUGUGACCCUUACCAUCAGGAAGAAGACAGUCUAAAGCUGUUUUAUCAGAAAUUAUUUGGUGAUUAAUACAUUGAAAUUUGAUGUGUUGGUAAAGUGCUCACAUUAACACUGCUUUCUAUGUUCUUUCUUUGACUCAACUUCAGAUUUGACUCAGUUAAAGCUCUAAAAGCAGGGGUUGUUGUGGUUGUCAACAUUGACACCUGCAUAUGUGGAGUCUCAAUAAUUAAUUUAAGUCAGAAGGGAAGUCACAAGCUUGUUUCACUUUUGUUUUAGAAUACUAAAUGUUAUAGCUUAGCACUGAAGUAAAUGCAUAUACCUUUUUAUAGGUUAUUUUUAGUUUAAUUAAGAAGCAGCUUUGAUGCCUUUACAUUGAAUAAAAAUGUAAUGGAACACGAGUUGUAUAUUUUCAUCAAGAGUUUGAAAAAAAAAAGAAGUUUUUAACAAAUGUUUAUUUUUCUACUGUCUAACAAGUUUUAUCUUUAGCCAUUUCUCUCACUCUUGUUCAUUCUGCUCUCACAGUUACUGUUUUGAAUCAAGGGUUAUUAGUCGGCAAUGAGAUGAUGUGGAAGAGAAAAUGUGUGCUGGUGUGUAUAGUAGUUGCUGACUGUAAUCCUGAAGAGCUCACAAAUAAAGAUUGAAUUUAAAUUGAAUAUCAAA